GUCUCUUUUCAACGAAGAUGGGGAAUGGUUCGAGCGUCACUCAUCCUCGAGUUAUUUACGUCGAAAUUGCAUCUAAAGUCGAGAAGCUUGUCUUCACUUCCAACUGUAGUGGAAGAGAUAUUCAGGAACAAUUGGCUCAACUGUGCGGAGCAAGCAGGUAUGCUUCUGUUUCUUUGAAAAAUCAAGAUGGGUCUGUUAUCGCUCUGUCACCGGCAAUGCCAUCGAAUAGUCAGAGCGCACCUUAUAAAGUUGUGGUGAUUCAAGAGCCUCAAAACCAAACUAAAAAUGAACUACAUUUACUGCAAGAAUGCUUAAUAAAGGUUGUCGAACAGUUUAAAGAUUCAUUAAAUAAAGCUUUUAGUAUGGACGAAGUAAAGGAGGAUGUAAAUAAAAGAUUAACAGCGCUUGAAAGGCGAUUGGAAAUUGAAGGUAUGAAGGCUGUUGAUAUCGAAAAAUGUAAGAAAGAAAUUUACGACAUCAAAGAACAGAUUUCGUCUGCUCAACGAAAGGUUUUGGAUUAUCAGAUGAAGUAA